AAAGGCAAAUUCUUCUCUCUGUUUUCGUUUUCAGAAUAAGUUCCUCGCACUUGACCUAAUACAAUCUUUCUGUGGAAUCACUACGUACCAUGAAGAAGGUCCAUCCCUCCCAAAGCAAGCGGAGCACCUCGUACAACGUCGUAUCAUCUUCGACGCCGAAGAAGCUCCGGAGACUCCCUCACGUGUUCGCCAAGGUUCUCGAGCUUCCUUUCCAGUCCAGCGCCGACGUUUCCGUCCAAGAAAACUCCGACUCUUUCCGGUUCUCCGUGCCUGUGCCAGCCGGUCAUCAAGUAUACCACGACGAGGUUGUCAGGGCCAACGCGAUAGAGAUCUAUCCGGGGGUGACCAAGAUUGUGAUACAAAAGAUGAACGGUGGUGACUUUUCGCCGGAGGUGAACGACGUCGGGGGUCAUUUCGAUAAGUGGAGGUUUCGGCUCCCGCCUUCGACGAGACCGGAGUUGGCUAAUGCGACAUACGCUGGUCAAGAACUGGUUGUCACUGUUCCAAAGAACCAUGUUCAUGAUCAUGGUGAUCGUAGCACGCGAGAGGAACAAGAACAAGAUGAAAAUGUAAGGGUAAUUGUUAUACAGUGAUGUUUUCGAUCUAGCUACCAUAAAAUCCUGUCAAUCAAUUUGGAAGUACGUACGUACUGUGUUAAUUGACUGAGAAAUUGAUGUUAUUGUUUUUAGUGU